GAGUGCAGUUAAACUCGGUCUCGCGGUACUUUUUACCUCAGGUUGAACAAGGGGGUAGGUACGCUAGAUACCUAGUGGUUUUGUCUAUGACAAAAGUAAAUCAGAUGAACGUUAGCUACCUAUAAACACUUAUUUUAACAAUAUAUAAAUACUUUAAAAAUAAUUGACAGUACUGUAAAAUUAGGCCGCUAGCUACUGGAAAUUAGCUAACGACAAACCAACAACGUUCACGAUGGCAGCUGGAAAGAUGUGUAGUAGGCCAAAAAAACAGGAGACAGCAGAGUGGACCAGCUUAUUUCAAAACGAACUGAAAACUGAAGAAAAGUCCCUGGUCUUUGUGAAGCGAAUGAUGGCCCUCGCCGUUUCUUCCAUCACAUAUCUCAGAGGAAUAUUCCCUGAGGACGCCUACAGAUCUCGAUAUCUAGAAGAUUUAUGCAUCAAAGUUUUACGAGAAGACUGCACAACACCUGGUGUCUGCAAAAUUGUAAAGUGGCUGAUGGGGUGCUUCGACGCAUUAGAGAGAGGAUAUCUUCAGGUUGUGUUCAUUGGGGUCUGCACCAAUCCAGAUAAUCCCAACUGCAUCAUCGAGUCAUACCAGUUCAAGUUCACAUACACAGACAAAGGACCACAGAUGGACAUUCUGAGAAACCAGAAUGUGGAGAUGCAGAUCACGAUGGAGGAUACCAAGAAGGCCUCUGUCCUCUUGAUCAGGAAGCUGUUUCUCCUCAUGCAGAACUUGGACGUGCUCCCCAAUGAUGUCUGCCUCACCAUGAAGCUCUACUACUUUGAUGACAUCACCCCUGCUGACUAUGAGCCUCCAGGUUUCAAGGAGGGGGUGAACGACAACCUGUGGUUCGAGGGCAUGGCGGUGCACUUCAGAGUGGGUGAGGUGCACACCCCUUUCCACGCCCUGAAGGUGAGGGUGGCGGCGGAGCAGGGCCGUGUGGAGAAGCUGCAAGAGGGGAACUACCUGAAGGAGAGUCAGGUCUCCAAGGCUACGCAGAGGACUCUGCCAGGGCUGGCGCCAACCGGUGCACAGGAUCCUGACAAUGAGAGAUACAAAGAAGAUGACUUUCCCUCUGAAGAUGAGUCUGCACAGUUCAAGAAACCCAAGAAACCUGUGGCAAAGGUAAGUGAGUUUGUGGGCAGUUGGUUGGUUGUGGUCAACAAUGGUUUGCGUGUUGUGUUUUUGGAGGAAGAGAAGAUGGAGCUACAUGAACAACAGCUCAAUGGUGUAAAAACAAUAUUCUUUCAAACAGAGUAAAGGUGCUGCCAAUAAACUGGCAAAGAAAAAAGGAAGAAAAGAGCAAUAAAAAUGUUUUGAUGAAGACAGCAAUGAAGACCCUGCUUUUUCAGCUUCCUGUCAGACACAGUAAACAUGAAUGUGGCUCGAGGAUGUAACUUCCUCAUUAGAUUACAAGGAUUUUACUCACCAAGCAUGUUUACAUGAAUAUUUCAUUUCUAUGCCUGUUUGAACAUUUUUAAAACCCGAAUAGUAAAGCCAGCCUUACGGUAUUUCUUUUGCAGUUCAUUGCCUGUACAACACAUAAUAUAUAUCUACAAUAUCUUAGACAUUUCUAAUAUAUUUUCCCAUUCAUAGGAAAAUCAAUUCCAUUUGUUUUAUUGUAGCUGUAUAUUUUUUUAUACUUUGUUCUUUAACUUUUCUUUUUUAUGAAAUUAAUUAAAAACUUAUGACAUGCUGGUUCCAUAUGUGAUGCCUGAAAUAUACAAUAUUGUAAGUAUGAUAUUUAUGGAAUUAAAGCUUUACUUCAA